AUGCCUGCGAAAACUCUCAACCUGAAAACAAUAUCUCAAGCCCGUCUCCAACCCUCUCAACCAUCCUCUCAAUCAUCUACCCAACCCCUAUCAACUAUCGAUUCAUCAGUCCUCCAUUUCGCCCCCACAGGCGCAAUCUGGAUCUACGACCCACCUACGCAAACCCCCUACUCUCCGUCACAUCUCCUUGACAGCCUUCGUAAAACACUCUCAUACUAUCCCCAAUGGUGCGGCCAGCUCUCCUGGACCCCCUUCAACCCCUCCCUCGGACACGCCAACCGCUGCCAGCGCGUCCAGCUAACAUGGGGCUCUGCAAACGACCCUGGCGUUGAAGUUAUAGUCGCGCACUCUCCUUUGAAAAUCUCUGAAAUAUUACUAAAUGCCGAGGAGAGGGCUAAGAAGUCAUGGGAGCCCGCGAGCUUCCCCUCCCACGAGCUGUUCCCAGACAUCAAGCUUGCGUUCGCAGAUGCUGCAACCUACGAAGGACUUCCAGGGAUGAUUGUCCAGUUGACAGCCUUUGAGUGUGGAGCUCUAGCCGUCGCGGUGAAGAUGGCACAUGUUCUGGGUGACGCGCAGACGUUGAUCACUUUCAUGAAGGAUUGGGCAAACAUAUAUAGGGACCCCCUCUUCACCCCUGAACCCCUCUUUUCCCCGUCCACCCUCUCCCACCGCGCCUCCGGCAACAUCGACGCUCCCACCCCCGACCCCUCCCUCCUCUCUCUCGCCAACACCGUCUCCAGAACCCGCUACGACUACUACGCCCCCACCCCCUCCGCGCCCUCCUGGGCUGCAAGCGCCAUGUCCCCUCCCCCCGACCUCUCCAGCACCCCCCUCGCACCCCCCGGCCGCCCACCGCCGUGGGAACUCUGGAACCAGCGCGCCGCCUCCAAAAAAGUAAUCCUACACUUCACCGUCCCCGAAAUCCUCGCCAUCCACGCCGCCGUUACUCCAACCCGCGAGACGAAAGUGAGCCAGCACACAGCACUAGUCUCGCACGUCUGGCUCUCCCUCCUCCACGCGCGCGCCGCCACCUCCCCGCCUCCCGCCACGGCAUCAGGCGCGGCGGUGCAGGGAAGGGAGCGGAAAGCGGAUGUGGCACACCUAACCCUCUCCCUCUCCCUCCGCACGCGCGUGGCCCCGCCCCUGCCCGCGCAAUUCCUAGGGUCGCCGAUCGUGCAUGCGGCGGCAGCGGUGCCGCUCCCCGGGACAUCCGGCGCUCCGGCGCUGUCGCUGAGCGAGACUGCUACUGAGGUCACGGCGGCGCUGGCGUCGUUUGAUAAGGAGAGGGUGGGAGCGCUGUUGCAUGAGGCGGCAUUUGUGGAUGCGCCGGGGAGGUACUGGGAUGCGUUUUUGGGGGAGCGGAAUGGGAUUGUGACGAGUUGGGUCAGGGCAGGGGUGUGGGAGGUAAGGUUUGGGGAGGGGGGAGCGAGGUAUGUGGAGCCGGUUAUGCCGGAGCUGGAUGGGGUGGUUGUUGUGGUGGAGGCGGGAGGGAACGAGAAUGGGGGGCAUUGGACGGAGAAUGGGGUUGAUGUUAUGGUGAGUGCGAGGGCGGAGGUGGUGGAUGAGUUGGUUAGAGAUGGGUACGUGAGGAAAUUUAGGUAG